CCUGCUCCCACUACUCUCACCUCACUCGCACAGGCACACUCACGCCAUGGCCUCCCUCGACACGCUGGACAUCGUCGUCCUGGCCAUCCUCCUCCUCGGAACCAUCGCAUACUUCACCAAAGGCACAUACUGGGCAGUCCCACCGAAGGACCCGUACGCGUCUCUCACAAAUGGAUCCGCCAAGGCAGGCAAGAGCAGGGACAUUCUUGAAAAGCUGGAAGAGACGGGCAAGAACUGUGUCAUCUUCUACGGCUCUCAGACAGGAACGGCCGAAGAUUAUGCUUCUCGCCUCGCCAAGGAGGGUUCAUCGCGUUUUGGAUUGAAGACCAUGACCGCCGAUUUGGAAGAGUACGAUUACGAGAACUUGGACAAGUUUCCUGAUGACAAGGUUGCUUUUUUCGUGUUGGCCACCUAUGGCGAGGGCGAGCCUACCGACAAUGCUGUGGAGUUUUACGAAUUCAUCGGCGGGGAGGAUGUCUCAUUCAGCGAGAAGAGCGCCGAAGAGUCUCCUUUGGGCGGCAUGAAAUAUGUCACUUUCGGCCUUGGAAACAAUACUUACGAGCACUACAACUCCAUGGUUCGAAAUGUCGACAAGUACCUUACGCGACUCGGCGCUCAGCGUAUUGGAGAGGCUGGUGAGGGCGAUGAUGGUGCCGGCACUAUGGAGGAGGAUUUCCUGGCCUGGAAGGAGCCCAUGUGGAACGCACUUGCAGAGGCUAUGAACUUGGAAGAGCGCGAGGCCGUCUACGAGCCCGUUUUUGAGGUUACAGAGAAGGAGAAUAUGGACGCUUCCCACGAUACGGUCUACCUAGGCGAGCCCAACAAGAAUCAUCUUGAAGGCAAGUCAAAGGGUCCCUACAACGCACACAACCCGUACAUCGCACCCAUCGCCGAGUCAUACGAGCUCUUCCACGAUAAAUCACGAAACUGCCUGCACAUGGAGAUUGACAUUUCCGGAUCGAACCUGUCCUACACUACUGGUGAUCAUAUUGCUGUUUGGCCCAAUAACCCCGGCCGCGAGGUGGAACGGUUGCUGAAGGUUACUGGAUUGAAGAAGAAGGCAGACACUGUGAUCACCGUCAAGGGUAUGGAUGCCACCGCCAAAGUUCCUUUCCCUACGCCGACUACCUACGACACUGUCUUCCGCUACCAGCUGGAAAUUUGCGCCCCAGUCUCUCGACAGUUCGUCGCUACUCUUGCCCAGUUCUCUCCCAACGAUGAAAUCAAGGAGAAAAUGACAAAGAUUGGCGGUGACAAGGAGACCUUUUCCGCCGAAGUCGCCAAGAAGAAUUUCAACAUUGCGCAAUUCCUUGAGCACAUCGGCAAUGGUCAAACGUGGGAUAAGAUUCCAUUUGCUCUUUUUGUCGAGUCUUUGAACAAAAUCCAACCCCGAUACUACUCCAUCUCGUCCUCAUCUCUUGUUCAGAAGAACAAGGUCUCCAUCACUGCCGUGGUCGACUCGGUUGCGGUUCCUGGUGCGCCUCACAUCGUCAAGGGUGUUACAACAAAUUACCUACUCUCUCUCAAGCUCAAGCAGGAAGGCCAGUCCAACCCCGAUCCACAUGGUCUUAACUACGCCAUCACCGGUCCUCGAAACAAGUACGAUGGCGUCCACGUUCCUGUUCACAUUCGUCAUUCCAACUUCAAACUUCCGUCAGACCCUAGCAAGCCGAUCAUCAUGGUCGGACCGGGAACUGGUGUUGCACCAUUCCGAGGAUUCGUCCAGGAGCGUGCUCAGCAAGCGAAGAACGGCGAGAAGGUUGGCAAGACACUACUGUUCACCGGCAGCAGAAGUCGCAAGGAGGACUUCAUGUAUGAAAAGGAGUGGGAGCAAUAUACUAAAGACCUCGACGGUCAAUUCGAGCUCAUCACCGCCUUUUCCCGCGAAAGCGACAAGAAGGUGUACGUCCAACACCGCCUGAAGGAGCGUGCCGAGGAAGUCAACAAGCUGUUGGAGCAGAAGGCGUACUUUUAUGUGUGCGGUGACGCGGCGAACAUGGCACGAGAGGUCAAUGAGACUCUGUCGACAAUCAUCAGUGAGCAACGGGGUGUUGAGAAGAAGAAGGCCGAGGAUGUGGUCAAGGGCAUGAGGAGUGGGAAUUUGUACCAGGAGGAUGUCUGGUCGUAG